GGCGACAGUGCGCAAAGAUGAAGUAGCGCAAGGGGUCCCUUGGAAAAUGAGGCCAGGGUACCUGCUGCAGCUCGUGUUGCUGCUCGCCCUGCCUAGGAGCCAGUGGGGCAGAGGGUGUGUGUCUCCACCCUGUGAGUGCCACCAGGAGGACGACUUCAGAGUCACCUGCAAGGAACUCCACCGCAUCCCCAGCCUACCACCCAGCACCCAGACUCUGAAGCUCAUCGAGACUCACCUGAAGACCAUCCCCAGUCUCGCGUUUUCAAAUCUGCCCAAUAUUUCCAGGAUCUAUUUAUCUAUAGAUGCAACUCUGCAGCGGCUGGAGCCACACUCUUUCUACAACCUGAGCAAAAUGACUCACAUAGAAAUCCGCAACACCAGAAGCUUAACUUACAUAGACCCUGAUGCACUAACAGAGCUGCCCUUACUCAAAUUCCUUGGCAUUUUCAACACUGGACUCAGAAUAUUCCCUGACCUGACCAAAAUUUAUUCCACGGAUGUAUUCUUUAUACUGGAAAUCACAGACAACCCUUACAUGACUUCAGUCCCCGAAAAUGCAUUUCAGGGACUGUGCAACGAAACCUUGACCCUGAAACUAUACAACAAUGGAUUUACUUCAGUUCAAGGACAUGCUUUCAAUGGGACAAAGCUGGAUGCUGUUUAUCUAAACAAGAAUAAGUUCCUGACAGCUAUUGACAAAGAUGCCUUUGGAGGAGUAUACAGUGGACCAACCUUGCUAGAUGUGUCUUCCACCAGUGUCACCGCCCUUCCCUCCAAAGGCCUGGAGCACCUGAAGGAACUGAUCGCCAAAGACACUUGGACUCUCAAGAAGCUCCCUCUGUCCUUGAGUCUCCUCCACCUCACGCGGGCUGACCUCUCUUACCCAAGCCACUGCUGUGCUUUUAAAAACCAGAAGAAAAUCAGGGGAAUCCUGGAGUCCUUGAUGUGUAACGAGAGUAGCAUCCGGAAUCUGCGCCAGAGAAAAUCAGUGAAUGUGCUGAGAGGUCCCCUCUACCAGGAGUACGAGGAAGAUCUGAGUGACAACGGUGUUGGGUACAAACAAAACCCCAAGAUCCAGGAGAGCUCGGGCAACUCUCAUUAUUACGUUUUCUUUGAAGAACAAGAGGAUGAGAUCCUUGGUUUCGGCCAAGAGCUCAAAAAUCCUCAGGAAGAGACUCUGCUAGCCUUCGACAGCCACUAUGACUAUACUGUGUGUGGGGACAAUGAAGACAUGGUGUGCACCCCCAAGUCGGAUGAGUUUAACCCCUGUGAAGACAUCAUGGGUUACAAGUUCCUGAGAAUCGUGGUGUGGUUUGUCAGUCUGCUGGCUCUCCUGGGCAAUAUCUUUGUCCUGUUUAUUCUCCUUACCAGCCACUACAAACUGACCGUGCCUCGCUUUCUUAUGUGUAACUUGGCCUUUGCGGACUUCUGCAUGGGGGUAUACCUGCUUCUCAUUGCCUCUGUGGACCUGUACACACAGUCGGAGUACUACAACCACGCCAUCGACUGGCAGACUGGCCCUGGGUGCAACACGGCUGGCUUCUUCACCGUUUUUGCCAGCGAACUAUCCGUGUACACACUAACAGUCAUCACCCUGGAGCGAUGGUAUGCCAUCACCUUUGCCAUGCGCCUGGACAGGAAGAUCCGCCUCCGGCACGCAUACACCAUCAUGGCGGGGGGCUGGGUUUCCUGCUUCCUCCUGGCCCUGCUCCCCUUGGUGGGAAUAAGCAGCUACGCCAAGGUCAGCAUCUGCCUGCCGAUGGACACUGACACGCCGCUUGCUCUAGCCUACAUUGCCCUGGUUCUGCUGCUCAAUAUUGUCGCCUUUGUCAUCGUCUGUUCCUGCUACGUGAAGAUCUACAUCACGGUCCGGAAUCCCCAGUACAACCCUCGCGAUAAAGACACCAAGAUUGCCAAGAGGAUGGCCGUGUUGAUCUUCACCGACUUCAUGUGCAUGGCCCCAAUCUCCUUCUAUGCCCUGUCAGCACUGAUGAACAAGCCCCUUAUCACCGUCACUAACUCCAAAAUCUUGCUGGUUCUCUUCUAUCCCCUGAACUCCUGUGCCAACCCAUUCCUCUAUGCGAUUUUCACUAAGGCCUUCCAGAGGGAUGUGUUCAUCCUGCUCAGCAAGUUUGGCAUCUGCAGACGCCGGGCCCAGGCAUACCAGGGUCAGAGAGUGUGCCCAAACAACAGCACCGGAAUUCCAAUUCAGAAGGUUCCCCAGGACAUGAGACAGAGUCUCCCCAACAUGCAAGAUGCCUACGAACUCCUUGAAAACGCACACCUAACUCCAAAAAUACAGGGGCAAGUCGCAGAAGAGGACAGGCAAACGGCCUUGUAAAGUGGCACUGCCUAUUCACAGUAGGACUUUAAAAGGCUGGCUUCUUGAACGCACAUUCUAAUCUAGGGCACAUAUGGAUGCGUAGCUUCAGGCAGGUGAUGUUUCAUAGGGACACAGUUCAUCUCUAGAGAGUAUUGUCUCCAAGAACGAAGAGAAGCUAGCAGUAUAUCCAAGUCCCAGACAACAUGGAAACAGUCCAUGCUCCAGGGGACAUGUCCGUCAUGACACUGGGUGACAUGCUCCGCGGAUACCAACGGAACCCUUCCCCAUCUGCCUUCUCUGCUUGUGUAGUGUUGUUUAAUACUGAAGAUCGCUUCAUGCUGGCUCCCCUGAUAUAACCAAAGAAAGUUUUUUCCCUUAAAACUAAAAUGCCGCACUUGAGAGGUGGAGGCAGAGCGGAUCCAAAGUUCAUCCUUAGCUACAGAGUGAGUUCCCAGCCUGUCUAGCCUACAUGAUAUCCCAUCUCGAGACCCAAAGAACCCUGGAAAGCCAAACAUGACCAGAUGUUACAUAAUUGCUUCCACUAAACAUGAAAAGGGGGAAGUUUAGCUGUGAGAGUUUUUUUUUUUCCCUUAGACUAUGAAACAAGUGUCUCUUCACCAGCAUCUACCUGCUGUGACCCGGCUGUCCCGUGUUGGCUGGAGAACCUGCUGAGAUCCCAUCUUUUGUGGUUGAGCAAUCUAAGAAUUAGUUUCUUGUAGAAGAUGAGAGCUCUGGAAGACAUUUCUAAGCAACACGUGGGAAUGAGGUCAGAGCACACUUAGUCACCUGUUAACAAUGUGACUAUACACCAGUUAACUGCUGGGCUUCGAGCAAGUCCCUGGAACUCCAAACUGAAAUGGAGGCACUUGUUGCCCCUUCCAUUUUAAAAACUCUAGGUAUAUCUCAUCUUUAAAGAUACAUGGAAAUGUAUCUUUAAACCUGGUUUUUCUAUCUUGCGGAGCUGCUGUCUACUUCUUUUUCGAACCAUGCUAUGACCCAAGAAUAUUUUUCUUUAUUUUAUUUUAUUUUGAUCAUCAUGUCUGAACCAAAAAUUCUUCUGAGUGACUAUAUGGAGAAUGAUCCUAAUUACUCAUCUAAUUAUUAUAUCUAUACUGCUGUUAAGUCCAAAACAAACUGACAUUUAUGCACUAGACGAAUAAUACAGCCUGGCAUGGUGGCACGCGCCUUUAAUCCCAGCACUUGGGAGGCAGAGGCAGGUAGAUCUCUGAGUUCAAGGCUACCCUGGUCUACAAAGCAGAUUCCAAGACAGCCAGAGCUACACAGAGAAACUCUGUCGCAAACAAGCAAAACAACAAAAUAUAGACUAAUAAUAGAGUUAUUAUGUGACUGUGUAGACUCACUUCCAAGCAUUUACCUCAUCCUCACAGAUCAGCUUCUUAGCACUCAGCAUCUCAUACCAUACUGUUGCGAUACGAGUGGCGGGGCUGCGUCCCUUGCACCCGGCCGCCCGCAUGGCUAGCUUAUGCUCCGAAAUAAUUACACGGAAACUGGAUUCUUUUAAACACUGCCUGGCCCAUUAGUUCCAGCUUCUUAUUGGCUAGCUCUUACAUAUUGAUCUAACCCAUUUCUAAUAAUCUGUGUAACACCACAAGGUGGCAUACCAGGAAAGAUCUUAACCUGCGUCUGUCUGGAGUGGGAGAAUCAUGGUGACUGCCUCAGAGAGCAGCGGCAUGGCGUCUUUCUGAGGUGUCUUACCUCACUUCCUCUUCCUCUCAGCAUUCUCUUCUGUUUACUCCACCUACCUAUGUUCUAACCUAUCAGGGCCAAGCAGUUUAUUAAUUAACCAAUGACCUUCCUCCAUCACCAUACUAGCAUUGUCAAGAGAGAAACCUUUUCAUCUGACGCUGCCAGAUUCCUUCUAAGCCUGCCAGUCACUGACAUAAAACAUUUAUGGCCAAUAGUGAGCUUGCUUCAAACGGCCAGGAGUUUGUGUCUACAGGAGUACCUUCCAGGUCUCCUGACUGGAGAGCUCCUUACUACACUGUUCUAGUGCCUCACCUCACCCGCCAAGCAGAUCUGGCAUUUGCUUCUCAGUGCUUAUGACCCAAAGCAUACAAUAUAAAAGUUUUGUCACUUUAAGUCUGUGAAGUAGGGUUUUGUGGGUCAUCUCACUCGGUCCUUCCAUGAUGGCCCUGGUGCUUUGUCCAUUAGCAUUGGCUUUCCCGAUAGUUAACUCAUAACCACUGAAGUUAAGCAAAUGUGUUACCCACGGCAUGUGUUUCUCUCUUGUGAUGUCUUGGCACCACAUCUGGGCAGAUGAUUGUGUUUCAUCUCGAGUAGCUGAUCUAGCGCUUUGAAAACAAAGUCCUAGAGGAGUGACUCGAACAAGAUUGUUACCAAAAUUCACAUGGGCAAAAGGCAAUACAUUUUCUUCCUGUACUAAGGUAUAUGAUAUUUUUUUUAAUUUGUUGAUUUCUUUUGAGAUUAACAUUGUACGUGUAUGUUAAAAUCAAAGAGGAGAAAACACUGUGCACAGCUACUGAGAAAUCCACAUUGAUUGAUUAGCAACUCCAAGAAUGUUAAUUAGGUUUCAUUAGUAGGCAUCUAUGGAUAAGAAUAGAAAGAUAGUAAAACAAAUACAGAUUGGAAUUUCAGCACGGUGGAGAGGUGGGAAUUUUGUAAGUUCAGAGACUAAUUGCUUAUCUUGGGCUUAGUUUUAGCCCCUCUGGAACAGCCAUUCUUUGUCCCACUCUGAUUCUGGACUAACACCUUGUGGUAAUAAAUAAAAACCUCUUAGAAGCUGUUAACUUAGCAGAACACUAACUUUCACCAAUCCAAGCGCUAAGAAUACAUCAGAUGGCCUCUGUGGUCUAUAGAAUAGCUCCCCCAUCCCAUUGCACCUCCCUCUCUGGUGGACCCCACCAACGGAUUUUUAGUUUACCUUGACUUAUGGGUUUUUGUUGUUGUUGUUGUUGUUGUUGUUCUGUAAAACUAUAAAAAAGACUUUGUAAAACUGUUUUCAUGUUGCAACAUAGAAUUUGCUGUAAUCUAAAUCUGUAUUCCCAAGUCAUGGUCACUCAUAAUGUCUCCAGAAUAAACUAUCUCCUAAUCCCUAUAAGACGAGAGCUAAGGUUCUUACAUAGACAGGGGCUUGCUUACAGUUUCAGUGGGUUGGUCCGGUAUCAUCAUGGCAGGGAGCAUGGCAGCAGAAAGGCAAGCAUGAUGCUGGAGAAGUAGCUAAGAGCUAUAUCCUGAUCUGCAGGCAGAGAAAGAGACUGGGCUUGGCAUGGGUUUUUCAAACCUAAAAGAUGGCCCCCAGUGACACAUUUCCUCCAACAAGCCCACACCUCCUAAGCCUUCUAAUCCUUUCAAGCAGUUCCACUUCCUUCUGAGCAGACGUUCAAAUGUAUGAGUGUAUGGGCUUAUUCAAACCACCACAACUACCACGUGAUCCAGAAACCUGUCUGUGGGUAAGAAACCCAGAAUCCUUAUGUGAGUAGAACUAAGGGGCUGAAGGGAUGGCUCAGUGGUUAAGAGUACAUGCUGUUC